CGCAGAGUGAUCUCUUCAACGAACUCUAAAGUCUCCACCUUUAUGUCGUUUUGGUAGUACCCACGAUGCACCAAUUCCUUCAAUCCCCAUCGCAAUCGCCCGCAGCUUCUCCUCAGCCCCAACCCCGGGUCAGCAGCCGCCUCCCCAACCCUAUCGCCGCCGCCUCCGCCACCACCGCCUUCUCUCUCCUCCUCUUCCUCGUAGUCUGCUUCCGAAAAAUCACCCGGAAGCGGACCACCCCGGAAUCCGACUCCAAGCCCCCCCACCGCUUCUCCUACUCCGUGCUCCGCCGCGCGACCGACUCCUUCUCCCCCACCCGCCGCCUUGGCCAAGGCGGCUCAGGUUCCGUGUUUUUCGGCACCAUCCCACACACCCGACAAGAUGUCGCCGUCAAGCUCAUGGACUCCGGCUCGCUACAGAGCGAGCGCGAGUUCCAGAACGAGCUCUUUUUAGCCUCUGAGCUCGAUUCUUCGCUCGUCGUCUCGGUCCUCGGAUUUUCCUCCGACCCGAAACGGCGGCGUAUGGUGCUGGUGUACGAGUUUAUGAGCAACGGGAAUUUGCAGGACGCGCUGCUGAAGAGAAAGUGCCCUGAAUUGAUGGAGUGGAGAAAAAGGUUUUCGAUUGCCGUUGAUGUAGCGAAAGGGCUCAGAUAUCUUCAUGGGUUGGACCCGCCGUUAAUUCACGGCGAUGUGAAGCCCAGUAAUGUGCUGCUGGACGGCGACUUCGCCGCCAAGAUCGCCGAUUUCGGGCUCGCUAGGCUGAAAUCGGAGGAUCAGGUUGUGAUUGAGAUUGAUGACGUGCCGAAGGAGGAGCUUGAGAGCAAUGGCGGGUGCGACUAUGGGUCGGUGGUGGAGGAAACUGAGAGUGUGACCACCGCUGGGUUUGAUGAUUUGAACGUGGCUGUUGAUCAGUCGCCGGAGGAUUUAGCGAAGGGUCCUGUUUCCGUUUCGCCGGAGACUUCGGUGACACCACCGUCCCCGGUGUCUCCAGGGGGGACUUUGGAGGAGGGAGGGAAACAGAGGGUAAAUAAGGAUUGGUGGUGGAGGCAGGACAGUGGAGUGAAGGACUAUGUGAUGGAGUGGAUUGGGAAUGAGAUUGGGACUGAUAGGCCGGUUGGAACUACUGCCUCCUGUUCGAGUAGCGAAACGGUUGGGAAAGUUAAGAAGAAGAGGAAGAACAAGAGGAGAUUGGAAUGGUGGGUGUCGAUGGACGAGGACAAGAAUGUGAAGAAAUCAAAUAAGGAGAGGAAAAGGCCUGCCAGGGAAUGGUGGAAGGAGGAGUACUGUGAUGAGCUUGCUAAGAAGAAGAAAAAGAAGGACAAGAAGCAACCGAAAGAAAUGAGCUUUGACGACAAUGAUGACAACUGGUGGUCACGCGAUGAGGAAUUGUACGCGGAGAGUAAGAAGAAGAUCAAGAAGAGGAGUAGGAGCAAGAGUUGGGGGAGUGUGAGUAGUAUUGAUUGGUGGUUGGACGGAAUGCGGCGUAAUGGUAGCCAUGAUUCCGGGGAGAUUCCAAAGAGUGGGGCCAUGAGUAGUACUCCGAGCAUGAGAGGGACAGUGUGUUAUGUUGCCCCUGAAUACGGUGAUGGUGGUGAUCCGUCUGAGAAGUGGGAUGUUUAUAGUUUUGGGAUUUUUUUAUUGGUUCUUAUAGCCGGAAGGCGCCCACUUGAGGUCACAAAUUCGCCUAUGUCCGAAUUCCAAAGGGCGAAUUUGUUAUCGUGGGCGCGCCAUCUUGCCCGCUCAGGGAAGCUCGUUGAUCUCGUUGAUAAGUCCAUUCAAUCUCUGGAUCAAGAACAAGCAGUCCUUUGCAUUACCGUGGCAUUGGUUUGCUUGCAAAAAGUGCCUUCUCGCCGCCCCUCGAUGAAGGAGGUUGUGGGGAUGCUUACCGGUGAGUUGGAGCCACCCAAACUACCGCGUGAAUUAUCCACUUCAGCUAAGUCACGCUUCCCAUUUAAGUCUCAGGCGAAUGUCCGGAAUUUCGAGUUUACUUUCUCGGAGGCCGGCCCCGUGCUUUUAACAACGAGGCCAGCCCUACUCAUUUGAAUAGGUUUCCUAGAAAUUGAACUACUACCUGCUUAGUGAAAUUCGAUUAGUUGACCCCUCCCCCCUUAAAGAAAAGGAAAGGGAAAACGAAGAAGAAAGCAACUUGCUUUUUAUCAUCAUUUGAAAUUUUGGCCAGGGUAGUUGUGGUUCCUGUCUCCAGCUUUUUGGAGGUUGGCUAUACCUUUUGCAUAUAUUCCAUUUUUCACCUUGGUAGUUGGUAAUGAUUGGGAGGGAAAAAUUUCAGAUAAACCCGGGUAUUGGAAAAACCGAAAAAGGCCAAUACAAAUGCAAACGUGGACGGAGAAUGGAUGUAACUUGUCCCGUGACGAUGCUUGGCCCUGUUUCUAAGAUGGUUAGUAAGUAGGUUUUUUUUUCCUGCACAGCUUCAUCGGUUGUGCAGAAAAAGGCACGACACUCGGUGCAAUUUUCUUAGACAUGCUAUAGUUUAGAGAUUUGGCAUGUCUAUUACUGAGAAAUUGGGUAAACAUUUUGUUGUCUCUAUGUUUCAAGAUCAUGUCCUCCACAAGUGA